CCGACAGCACCUGAAAGCAGCAGUCGCAGCUAGUGGGCAAGGCCAAAAAACCUCCACCAUCAUUAUUAACCAGCUGCCGCCGACUGCAGCUACAGUUUCUGUUCUCAGGAAAAAUAUAGUCUGAACAGCAAUAACAGAGAGGUGGCAUAAAGGUGGAAAUCUUUGUUUCAGAGAGGCCAGUCAGAAGAGCCUGAAGUAAAUCAGAAUAAAACAGACAGAGCCAUGGUGGAGUACUACCAGAUAUUGGGAGUCCAAAGGAAUGCAUCGCAAGAGGACAUCAAAAAAGCCUAUAGAAAAUUGGCAUUGAAGUGGCAUCCUGAUAAGAACCCAGACAACAAGGAAGAGGCAGAGAGACGGUUCAAAGAGCUGUCAGAGGCUUAUGAAGUCCUGUCAGAUGAAAACAAAAGGAGUCAUUAUGACCGAUAUGGAAAAGAUGGCCUCAAUGGAGGAGGAAACCAUUACGAUAACUUUAGCCAUAGUGGCUUCACAUUCCGUAACCCAGAGGACGUCUUCAGGGAAUUCUUUGGCGGGAGAGAUCCGUUUGCAGAUUUGUUUGCUGAUGAUCCCUUUGAUGAUUUCUUCGGAGGCCGCAGUCGUCAAAGAGGUGCGCACAGGAGCCGGAUGGGUGGGUCGCUCUUUGGUUUCGGCGGCUUUCCAGCAUUUGGGCCUGGCUACUCAGGGUUUGACUCAGGUUUUAGCUCCUUUGGCGAUAUGGGUGGCGGAGGAUUUACUUCCUUUUCUUCCUCUUCAUUCGGAGGCAACGGAGGAGGGAUGGGCAACUUCAGAUCUGUGUCAACCUCUACCAAGAUUGUCAAUGGCAGGAAAAUCACCACAAAGCGGAUUGUGGAGAACGGCCAGGAGCGAGUGGAAGUGGUGGAAGAUGGUCAGUUAAAAUCCCUUACAGUUAAUGAUAUUGCCCCCCAAGACCCAUUUGAGGAGGAGUUUCGCAGCCGCAGACAAAACAUGCUCCCCGGUUUGGGCCUCCACCAGCGCUACCUGAGGAACUCCCCCCAGAACCCCUCCGAGGAAGAGGAGGAGCACGGCCCACAGAGCCUGGGACUAACGAGAGGACAUGUGGACACCAAGAGGAAGAAGCUGUGGCUGAAGGAGGCAGAAUCCAAAAAGAAGCGAGCUCCUCGGCAUUUCCCUCGUUUCAGUGGAUUUGGUACCUAUUUUUGAACAGUUUUCAGUUAUAUUUGGCAGAUGCGCCUUCAGCUGUAUGUGGCAUUAAUUUGCUUUGGCUAAAAUUCAGAGGUGCUACUCUGCUUCUGCAUCAUAGUUCCCUUUUUUCUAUUAACUGCAGCAAAGAGAAUUAUGUCUCUCCUGCUUGUAUUAACCAAAACCAUUCUCUCUGAGUUCUCCGCUAAAUAUUUAGAUUUGUACAGUAUUCAUUGUAGUUUACUAGUUGGCAGUGGUGGUUCUUGCAUGAACGGAGCCUUAGCUGAGACCCAACCAAUUAAAAUGUAGGAAAUCAUCUAUAUUCUGAGGUAGAAUAAAUUGCAAUGGACUUCCACAUAAAGCAUGUAAAAGUCUCCCAUUCUCCAGCAGGAAGCAGGAGACGCCAGCUCUGAAUUGAAUGUACAUGAAUAAAAGCAAUAGAAAACUUGUUCAAGGUGCAACUGUGAGGUUUUCAGGUUUUAAAUUAAUUUUAUGUUUUUUACCUGAUGCUUGUGUGCUCCCCUUUCCAACUCAACCCUAGGCAACUGGCCAAAUGGCCCACAUCAAAAGCUUUAUAUAAAAAAAAACAUUCAUGGGUUUGGCCUUGAAGAUUUGCAGCUAACACACACACAAAAAAAAUCUAAAUAAUUUUUUUCUGAUUGAGCUUUAUCGGUUGCUUUGUGCGUAUUUGAAAAGAUACAGGUGGAAGGAGAAUCACAGGAGCAGCUCUGUUUGAAAUUAGCAGAAAGUUUCUGACACUGCACAGCAUGUGAGUCAGUGAAGGUCAAACCAUUUAGUGGAUCCAUCUUUAAUAGGAGACAAAGAGGAAGAGGGAAAACUGAAAAAUAUGAGAUAUGAGUGGUAAAAAGGCUUAAAGCUUUGGAGAGUAUUAGGAAAUGAUUAACUUGUUCAGCUCAGUUGAAUCACAUUUUUCCACAGCAUGAAAGGACACGAUUACCGCUCUUAAAUACUAUCCAGAGAGAACCCAUGCAUGCACAGGGAGAACAUGCAAACUCCAUGCAGAAAAACCCAGGCUGGGAAUUGAACCCAGGACCUUCUUGCUGCAAGGCAACAGCGCUACCCACUGCGCCACUGUGCAGCCCUCUUAAAUACUACUUUAGAGAAUUAAUUGUUUGUGAACUCAUUGUAUUUGUAAUAGUUUUCUCAAGAAAUGUUUUCCUCAUUUGAUGACUCCUGACAAAUCCAAGAGAAAUGUUCAUUUUUUAUGGACUCUCAUGAUUAAAUGCUUAAAGAAAGAAAACAUAA